CCAUGCACUUGUGUUUUCCAGUGUCUCCCAGCAACGACUAUUUUGCCCGAUGGCUGGCGGAUGGCUAACGGAGGAGCCGCCUUCGUAGGCCCAUGGACACAGGCAGCUGGCCAUGUCUGCAGGAAUGGCCAGAGCCUGGAAAAAGUUUGUUUAUUUAAGCCUUGGGACCAAGGUUAUUGGCUAUAACCCCAUUGGCAAGAUCCACCAGGCUGCCAAAAAUUGUGAACUGAAAAGAAUUGAACGUUAUCUGGGACGCGGCUGUCAUGUUGAUGAUACUGACCAAAAAAAUAGGACCCCUCUACAUUAUGCCUGUGCCUAUGGCAAUCCAGCAGUGGUGACUCUUCUAGUAAAGAGGAAAUGCAACGUCGACCUGUGUGACAGUGAUGGCAACACACCGUUGAUGAAGGCCCUACAGUACGAGGAAGAGGAAUGUGCAAUUCUUCUUCUAGAACAUGGUGCCAAUCCAAAUGUUCACAACAACAAGGGUGAAACUCCGCUCCACUGUGCUAUCUUUUAUAGGAGCACAUCAGUAGCAACAAAACUGCUUUCAUUCAACGCAGAUAUUGAAGCCAGAAACACGAGUGGCCAAACACCACUUUUAUUCGCCAUAAAGAAAAAGAGACAGAUGAUGGUAGAAUUUUUUAUUAACAAUAAAGCAAACAUACACGCAGUUGAUGAUAAGGGAAGAACAGCCCUCAUGUUUGCGGUGGAACAUAAAUCAACACAGAUAGCUGAGCUGCUGCUUCAAUGUGGUGUAAAUGUGUCUGCUUCAGAUAAGUGUGGACGGAUUGCCUUGUCUUAUGCCAUUGCUAGUGGCAGUACUGCCAACAGGAAUUUAAUUCUUCAAUAUAUGAAAGCAGAAUCUAGAACAUCAGCAAUUUUCAGUUCAGUGAAAGAAAGUUCUGAGGCUGACGCAUUAAUAAGAUCUCCCGAAAAAUCUGAUCCAGGUGAUUCCUGCAUUGCAAAGGGUGAGGGCAACUAUGAAGCUCAUAUUAAGAACAUCCUGGAAGAAGGAGGAAAAUUAACUAAAGCUUCCAGGCAAUCCACGAAGGAUGAAGCAAAAUAUGACACUGGGAGCCGAAGGAGUGAAAACUUACCUGACAGCAGUACCCCUGCCAGUCAAAAGAAGGAAGUAGUUGAAACCACACUGGUGCAGGAAAUCAGAAUAAAGAAUUAUUCUCCUUUCUUUCCAUCACCUGACUCAAAGCCCAAACAGGCCAAUACUGGUUGUAGAGUCUUGAAUGUGGAAAAAUUUCAUCCAUGCCUACCAGGAAGUGUUAUAGGACCAUUUUCAUAUGAAGAGAUUCCUCAGAAUGAUGUAGGCCAUUUGCCUGGUGAUGCACAUCAAACAGCAAAAGAUGAUGUAAAUGGACAUAUAGAAGCAACCAGUCAUGGAGUGGACCAUGGAGCAAGUGAAGGGACAGCAACACAUGGCCUCACGCCCAGGACCGCGCCUAUGGAUGUGGUUCCUAUGUCUUCUCAAAUGAGUGAAUCAAGCAGCUUUCAGUUUGUUAGACCAGAGGAUACAGUAAAAGAAGAUACACCACUGUCCUGCAUGGCAUUUCAGGAUUUCACACAUUGUUUUGUGAAGCCAAUCCUAGACAGGAGGUGUUUUCUUCAAAAGAAUAUAGUGAGGAGAACAGAAGAAAGACUAUGCAAAUCAGACAAACCACUUUGGUUCUCAUCAUCAGAAGAGGAGGAGGAGGAGGAGGAAGGUCUUGACGACACCCAAAAUAAGCAGCCACAGAUACUCUCUGAGGCUCAUCCGCAGAUGCUCAUAUCUCAGUCAUCUGGUGAGAAACAUUAUAGAGCAAAGGAGAAAGCAGACGGACAUGACCAUGAUAUGGGAUCUAUCUGUUCUCACUCGAGGGGAUCACGAAAGUCUCAUCCAGUUACACCAGAGAAUGCAGGAGAAGAGGAUGCACAAGAGGAACCAGCAUCCUACAGGGCAUCUUGGGACACCACGGAAUGCACGAAGCACACUGAGCGCCCCGUCACAGUGAAGGAGCCCGACCCAUGUCCAGGACCAGGGAAGGCGGAAGCAGAGACAGUCAGAUCAGCAGAGAACCUUGUUGAUGUGACUUCAGAGGAAGAGCAGGAGAGUUCUGAUGACACUCUACAUAACCAGCCACAGAUACUCUCUGAGACUCUUCUGCAGAUGCAGCUUUCUCACUCAUCUGGUGAGAAACAGCAUAGAGCAAAGGAGGAAACAGAUGGACAUGACCGUGGUAAGAAGGACACAGUCUACACAGUUCUAGGGGCAGAGUAUCGAUUUCUAACAUGA